AUGGAAGCCUCGUUUCGAGGCCUCGAGUCCCAGGUUCACGAAUGCGAGGACAGCAACUUGCUGGUGGUUCUGACCACCAGCGAAGUCGUGCCAAAAGCCUUCCCUCUGCCGUUGUCGGGGCAGAGGCGCGUUGCUCCGCAACCACCAGCAGUCACCAGCACCGGCCCGCACAGGCAAGCGCCAGAGCUUGGUAGGCCCACGUCAAUGACCGGAGAUUGUCGAGUUGCCGCACUCGGCCACAUACUUGCCCGCAUGUGCCUCGGCACUGGGACACUUGAGUGCAGGGUUACUCCAAACCCGAAAGGCCCCAAACCCUACACGGCUUGGGCUCCGGCUGCCUGGCCGUUCUCCUCACAACCAAGAACUUCUGCAGGAACACGUCGCUUAGGUUGUGACAGUGCAACUUUCCAGCUAACUUAG